AUGAAGAAUCUUGAAUGUGGGGAGAUAGAUGUUUAUGUCGACCAUCACUUAUCACAACCGACUCCUGUGAAACUCGUUGAUGUAAAUGUUGUUGAGGAGGAGCCACUUGAAAGGAAUAUUCCUGCAGAAGAGUAUAGAGAGCAGAUCUAUGUAGGGGAUUUAGGUGGAUAUAACAGUAAUGAAGAUGAUGAUUUUGCUGUUGAUUCUAGCUCAGAAGAUGGAAUUUAUGCGGAUGAUGAUUCGUUAUUAGGUGACAGUUCCGAUAGUCAGGAUGAUGAUGAUUUUGUUGAAGAGGUCCCGCUUGGUGUAGGUGUAGUAUCUGAUGUUGGUAAUGCUGAUAGUGGUGACGAAGCCUCUACGGAUGAGUAUUUGGAUAGUGAUGACUAUAUCCCCGUCACGCCAGAUUGUUCAGAUGAAGAACGUGAAAGGGGUGAGAAACCCAGGAAAAAACCAAUGGCAUUUCCGUCAGAUGAGUUGUUGUUUCUUGGUAAGACAUUCAAUUCAAGGGAUGAUUUUAAAAAGGCUUUGUUGGACUAUGCAUUGAAGAAAAACUUCAAUGUGAAAUUGUCAAGAUGGGAACGGGAGAAAUUAAAUGCUAUAUGUUGUACGGAAGGUUGUCCUUGGAGAGUUUAUUGUUCGGUUGAAGCCCCCAUUAGCAAAUGGAUGAUAAAGAUUUAUAAGGACGAUCACAACCAUGACCCUGGGACUCAUGUUAAUAUCCUUACCAUGAGGAAAAUUGCGAUUCUAUAUGCUGAUAGGUUUAGGAGAGAGCCAGAUUGGAAGGCUGAAAAGAUGCAGAUUGCAAUUCAAGAAGAGUAUGGUUUGAUUGUCCCACUUAGUAAGUGCUUUAAGGCUAGACGUGUUGCCUUGAAAAUGGUCAUGGAAGAUCCCUCUGUUCAGAUUGCUAAACUUUGGGAGUAUGAGUUAGAAUUGCAUAGGUCCAACCCGAACACGACAACCGAAAUUGGGACCCAAAUUUCCACUCAGGGUGAGCAAGCAUUCGACCGUUUCUAUGUUAGUUUUGAAGCACUACGUGAAUCAUGGAAAAACCAUUGUCGACCAGUGAUUGGUUUAGAUGGAUGUUUUCUGAAGUGGGAUAUGAAAGGAGAACUUUUAGCUGCUGUUGGUAGGGAUGCAAACAACGAUCACUUGGACAUCAGUCUCAUGGAAUCUGAUGGUGUGUUUCUAGUGCAAUUUUUUGUAACAAAGAUGUUUAGUUAACAUCCAAACAACGACAUUUACAUUAUGUCAAGAACAUCUAAAGUC